GAGUGGUUUCGCCAAGGAUCUUGCACCUCGCCGCUCACGAAUUUGUCACUUCGCUCAAAGGAGCUGGUGCCAAACCUCGCACUGCGGCAGGCGGUUGCCGACUUCGCGACGAAGGUGUGCCCAUUGUUCCGACAGGAAUUGGAGAAGCGGCGCCUCUCCGAGAAGACAGCCGAGGAAGCCCGGAAACGAGAGGCCGACUCUCAAAAAGAGAGCAUGGCCUUAGCCGAGAAGGGCGAGGAGGCGAUGGAAUCUUUGCGCUCGACGCUUGCACAGUGCGAGGCUGAAAUUGCAGCCCUGCGACAAGAGAAGGAGGAAGCAGCACAGGAGCUCAGGCAGCAGCGGAGCAAUCAGGAGCAGGCUCUCCAAUUGGCCUUAGCCCGGCAGCGCGAUGAGUUUGAGAAGGACUGGGAGAUUGCAGCGACGAAGGGAGUUGAUCGGCUUGUCGAAGGCUGA